UUUCCUUCUGGGUGUGCAGCGUGGAUCAAGCGGAGCGUUGCGGUGCUGCGGCUGAUUCAUUCUGACAGAUUAGCGACUUCUACUGGAGGAAAAAUGGACUCUUCCUUGACUGCAAGUCAAAUCCGUCAAAAGUUCAUAGAUUUCUUCCAUCGCUACGAGCACCAGUAUGUCCACUCUUCGUCCACCAUCCCACUGGACGACCCCACGCUGCUGUUCGCCAACGCCGGCAUGAACCAGUUCAAGCCCAUUUUCCUCAACACCAUCGAUCCUUCACAUCCCAUGGCUCGUCUGCGCCGCGCUGCCAACACACAAAAAUGCAUCCGCGCCGGCGGCAAACACAACGACCUGGACGAUGUCGGCAAAGAUGUUUACCACCACACCUUCUUUGAGAUGCUGGGCUCCUGGUCCUUUGGAGACUACUUUAAGCAUCUUGCUUGUAAAAUGGCUCUGGAGCUGCUGACUCAGGAGUUUGGUAUUCCGAUCGAGCGCCUGUACGUCACCUACUUUGGUGGGAAUGAUGAAGCAGGGCUGGAGGCCGACUUGGAGUGCAAGCAGAUCUGGAUUGACCUGGGCAUGGAAGAAGCUCGUAUCUUGCCGGGCAGCAUGAAGGACAACUUCUGGGAGAUGGGGGACACGGGUCCUUGCGGGCCCUGCAGUGAGAUCCACUACGACCGCAUCGGGGGGAGGGACGCCUCGCACCUGGUGAACAUGGACGACCCUAACGUCCUGGAGAUCUGGAAUCUGGUGUUCAUCCAGUUCAACAGGGAGUCAGAGACGGUGCUCAAGCCUCUCCCCAAGAAGAGCAUCGACACAGGCAUGGGUCUGGAGCGGCUGGUGUCUGUCCUGCAGAACAAGAUGUCCAAUUACGACACAGAUCUUUUCAUGCCGUACUUCGACGCCAUCCAGAAGGGAACCGGGGCUCGACCCUACACCGGGAAGGUCGGUGCAGAAGAUGCUGACGGUGUUGACAUGGCGUACAGAGUCCUGGCCGACCACGCUCGCACCAUCACCAUCGCUCUCUCAGACGGAGGCCGACCCGACAACACCGGACGGGGCUACGUGCUGCGGAGGAUCCUUCGCCGUGCCGUGCGUUACUCUCAUGAGAAGCUGGGAGCUCAGAGGGGCUUCUUCGCCUCGCUGGUGGAUGUGGUGGUCAGUUCCCUGGGCGACGCUUUCCCAGAGUUGAAAAAGGAUCCAGAUAUGGUGAAAGACAUCAUCAAUGAAGAGGAAGCGCAGUUCCUGAAGACGCUCACCAGGGGGCGCCGUAUCCUCGACAGAAAGAUCGUCAGUUUAGGAGAUUGCAAGACCAUCCCAGGUGACACUGCUUGGCUUCUGUACGACACCUACGGGUUCCCUCUGGACUUGACUUCGCUCAUCGCUGAGGAGAAAGGGAUGCAGGUGGACAUGGCCUCUUUUGAGGAGGAGAAGAAGGCUGCACAGCUGAAGUCGCAGGGCAAAGGUGCAGGAGACGAGGACCACAUCAUGCUGGACAUCUACGCCAUCGAAGAGCUGCGGAACAAGAACGUCCCGCCUACGGACGACUCCCCCAAAUACAAGUACACGUCAGACGACAGCGGGAACUACGAGUUCCAGCAGGCCACCGCAACAGUCCUGGCUCUGCGGCGCGACCGCGCCUUCUGUGAGGAGGUCACCACGGGUCAGGAGUGCGGCGUGCUGCUGGACCAGACGUCCUUCUACGCAGAGCAGGGCGGCCAGACGUUCGACGAGGGGUUCCUGCUGCGGGAGGAUGACAACUCGGACGACCGGAUGGAGUUCACAGUGAAGAACACGCAGGUCAGAGGAGGCUUUGUUCUCCAUGUGGGGACGGUCUACGGCACCCUGAAGGUCGGUGACCGGGUCGUGCUACACGUGGACGAGGCUCGGCGCAGACCCAUCAUGAGCAACCACACCGCCACACACAUCCUCAACUUCGCCCUGCGGGGUGUACUGGGCGAGGCCGACCAGAGGGGCUCCCUCGUGGCCCCCGACCGCCUGCGCUUCGACUUCACCGCCAAAGGAGCCCUGAGCACUGGCGAGGUCCGGCGCACCGAGGAGAUCGCCUGCGCCAUGAUCUCCGAGUCCAAGCCAGUGUUCGCCAUGGACGCCCCCCUGGCAGGGGCCAAGGCCAUCCAGGGUCUGCGUGCGGUGUUUGACGAGACCUACCCCGACCCUGUCAGAGUGGUCUCCAUCGGCGUCCCGGUCCAGGAGCUGCUGGACGACCCCACCAGCGCCGCCGGGUCUCUCACCUCCAUCGAGUUCUGCGGUGGGACCCAUUUGCAGAACUCGGGUCACGCCGCUCCGUUUGUCAUCGUCUCCGAGGAGGCUAUCGCCAAAGGCAUCCGUCGCAUCGUUGCAGUGACGGGAGCCGAAGCCCAGAAGGCCCAGAGGAAAGCAGACGCCCUGCAGCAUUCUCUCACUGCUCUGGGGGAGAAGGUGCAGCGGCAGACGGCCCCCAACAAAGACGUCCAGAAGGAAAUCGCCGACAUGAGCGAGACUCUGGGUACCGCAGUCGUCUCUCAGUGGAGGAAGGACGAGAUGAGGGAGAGUCUGAAGGGCCUGAAGAAGACCAUGGACGACUUGGACCGCAGCUACAAGGCGGACAUCCAGAAGAGAGUCCUGGAGAAGACCAAGGAGGUGAUCGAGAGCAACCCCAACCAACCGCUGCUGGUGAUGGAGAUGGAGACGGGCGCCUCUGCCAAGGCCCUGAAUGAGUCUCUGAAGCUGCUCAAGUCCAGCUCUCCCCAGACGGCAGCCAUGCUGUUCACCGUGGACCCCGAGGCUGGGAAGAUCAUCUGCCUGUGCCAGGUUCCUCAGGAGGUGGCCAAUCGCGGGCUGAAGGCCAGCGAGUGGGUCCAGGAGCUGUGCCCCCUGCUGGACGGCAAAGGCGGCGGCAAGGAGAUGUCCGCCCAGGCCACCGGCAGGAACACGCAGUGCGUGGAGAAAGCGCUUCAGCUCGCCAACCAGUUUGCACAACUGAAACUGGGAGGGAACUGAAGACGCCAAGUGGAGCCCAGUUUUCCCAAUGCUCCUGUAGUGUCGACAGGCGACCGCUAGUAGGGGCAGUCCAGCUCUUUUACCAUUCAUCUCUGUGUAAAUCAUGACAAUAUAUAUUAAAGAAAAAACGUGUCUGGCCGACAGACGUAGUCAUCGCCGCAUGUUUGAGUUUUUCUGGUAAAACUCAGCCGGCGCUAACAGGAGAAGCCAUUGUCUUUGUAAAUCACUGACCCUCACUGAACAUGAGCCUCAGUCAUGAUGUCACUCGUCUGUGCUACUUCAUUUUCAUGUUGUCCACAAUAAAUAAUUUACCUAAUCAAACUGAC